CAGAUCGUUCGGUGGUAUCGAUCAGCGCGCAUCGGGUGCAGUCUGUCAUUAGGAUUUAUGAGCUUCCGCGCGCGCUCUCGUACUUUCUCGGAAUCUCAGCUGCUCCCCAGUGAUGUCGACGGGAUUUCUGCGUCGCGCUUUGUACAUAUAGCAAUUCGUACAUAUGUCAAUCGCCACUCUCGCCCCGACUUUAUUAUCGUAACGCCGUGUCGUAACCGCAGCCUCUCUCCUAGACUGUUCCGAUUUUCUCUCCUUCUUUCUCUCUCCUUUUCGCGAUUUGGAGCACCUCGGGCCAUUUUUCUACCUUCUUGAUCCCAAAACAAACGUACUUCCCGCGAGCCGCAAUGACUGAGACAAAUGGGGCCGCGAAUCUGAAUACGAAGAAUGGCAAUUUCAUCUGUGGUGUGGUGGAAGGUUUCUAUGGUCGACCAUGGACUACCGAGCAACGAAAGGAUCUCUUUCAAAAAUUGAAAAAAUGGGGAAUGGAUUCUUACCUGUAUGCACCAAAAGAUGAUUACAAACAUCGUGCUUAUUGGAGAGAUUUAUAUACAGUAGAGGAAGCGGAGCAUCUGACUGGUUUGAUUACAGCUGCUAGAGAAUAUGGGAUAACUUUUUAUUAUGCAUUAUCCCCAGGAUUAGAUAUCACAUAUUCCAGUUCAAAGGAAGUCACUGCCUUGAAAAGAAAGCUGGAACAAGUCAGUCAAUUUGGUUGUACAGCGUUUGCAUUGUUAUUUGACGAUAUAGAACCAGAAAUGAGUGAAGCUGACAAAGAAGUGUUUCAGUCAUUUGCACAUGCUCAGGUUUCUGUCACAAACGAUAUUUUUCAACAUCUCGGUCAGCCUCGUUUCCUCUUAUGUCCUACACAAUAUUGCGCGACCCGUGCAAUGCCAAAUGUCGCAUCUUCAGAAUAUCUCAAUACUCUCGGAAAUAAAUUAGCUCAAGAAAUCGACAUAAUGUGGACUGGACCUAAAGUCAUAUCAAGACUUUUAACUGUAGAAUCCAUUCAAGAAAUUACAGAAGUGCUCAGGAGGCCGCCUGUUAUCUGGGAUAAUUUACAUGCUAACGAUUAUGAUCAGAAAAGAGUGUUUCUCGGACCAUAUGCUGGUCGUUCUCCCGAUCUUAUUCCUAAACUUAGAGGAGUUUUAACUAAUCCUAAUUGCGAAUAUGGAGCUAACUUUAUAGCAAUUCAUACAUUAGCUCAAUGGAGCAGAUGCAAUGUGGAUGGAAAGAGAGACCUAAGUUUAAAUGACACUGUAUCAGCUGAUAUUAAAUUAGAAACCGAAACAGAGGAUGGUGUUCUUGGUGAAGAUGUUCCAUCGACAUUAUCCCCGAAUAUGUAUCAUCCUCGACACGCUCUGAAAAAUGCAAUAAUCGAAUGGUUAUUAGAAUUUAAUAAAAAGAAAGCAGCUUGGGGUGUAAUAGCUAAACCACAACCAUGUGUCGCGCCUACGAUACCUAUUCCAAUAAUACCCUCUGUCAAUACAUGUAUGAGUCUUACAUCGACGACUACAACUACAGUUCCUGCCACAUCUACAUCUGGGACAAAUUCUAAUCAUCUUCAAGCAUUGGCGGAAGUUUGCUCAACUGUAACAUGUAGCGAUAGCUUCGCACAACCUUCAUCUGGACCUGUAAUGAAUUCAUUAGUAUCAGACAUAAAGGUGGUCAGUGAACCCAUUUUGACUACAUUAUCCACUAUGACCAGCGACCCACCGUCAACAGGGUUAUCUUCCAUAGAACCUAUGGAUUGUAAUACAACUCCAAACAAUUCGCCGGCGCAUGUAGCAAAAAUUCCAACGGAAGAUGAUGCUAUGGUAGAUAAUAUUUCUACAUGCAGUGAAGCUUCUGGAAGUAUGCAAGUAGAAGUAGACAAUACCUCUCCCACAGUUAAUGGUACACAAAUGAUAAUAGAAAAUGAUAGCGAAAAUCAUGAAAGUUCCGAUAACACAGAUGUGAUACCUCAAGAAUCUGUGGAUAUCGAUAAGCAGCUCACGCAAGAAGAUCUAUCACUUUUGUGUGAUCUAUUUUAUUUACCAUUUGAGCAUGGUGGCCAAGGAAUUCAAUUGUUGCAAGAAUUUAAUUGGUUAAAAAGUAAUGCGUAUCUUGUUAUGAAAAAAUCUAAAGACGAAGAACCAACGUCUGAAUCAGCUAUCGAAGAAUGGCAUCUUCGUGCAGCUAAAUUAAACGAUAUGUGUAAUGGGGUAAAUAGAUUAUUCCAAAGGCUCACAUACUGUAAUAAUCGCGAGUUGCUAUAUGAUCUGUAUGCGUAUGUAUGGGAUAUGAGGGGAGUUGUGUCCCUCCUAAAUAGUUACGUGAAAUGGCUGGCGUUUGGCAGAUUUCCAUCAACGAUGACGACGUUUACCCAGGGCAGCUACACAUGGUUUUCAAAUGGUUGGAAAGAAACAUUUAUGAGUGGAGACCAGGAGCCAUGGGUUUUUCGUGGUGGGCUUACAGCUGAUUUACAGAGAUUAAUUCCAGUGGAUAGUGGUAACGACUUAUUUGUCUAUAAAGCACCGGAAGUGCCCAAUAGUAAAAUAUAUACAAUUCGGCCAUAUUUAUCUAUCGAUGAAGAAGCAAUCUAUGCAGUUUGCAAUCAAAUUAAUAAUUGUACGACUUCAUCAGCUGUCGCAGACAGACUUGUUGGAGGAUAUCUUACCUUGAGUCCAGAGUUAUGUAUGGUUGUUGAAGAUGAAAACGGUAUAGUGGGUUAUGCAAUGGCUGCCCUAAAUGUAAAAUCACAUAAUCAGAAAAUGGCUGUUUCUUGGAUCCCUGAAUUGCGAAUGAAGUAUCCUUUAGAUAGUAGCAUUAACGAGUUGCCACAAAACGUUCAGGAUGCCAUACAAUAUUUCCAUUCAUUUAUUCCGGAUGUGGCAGAACAAUUGUGCAGGCAACAUCCAUCGAAACUUAUUUGCGCUGUAUUACCAAGUGUAACAGAUCAGUCUAUUUGUAAACGUUUAAUAACCUGUAUUCUUGCGGCUUUAAGAGCAAAUGGUUCUUUCGGAGUACAUACAACGCUAUCGUCAACAGAUAAAGAAUCCCACGAAUUUUAUGGCAAACUGGGUUUUGUUGAUUUAAAUCCGGCACACGAGGAAUAUCCUGGAAUUAAGACUAUGUGUAGAAGUUUCUAACAAAGAAUCAGUGCUCCGGUGAUAUUUGUCAACAAGGUAUAUUUACUUGGACCAUCUCCUAAAAAAACGAUGUUUUCUUAGGGAAAUAAUUAAUAAUUUAAAAUUAAUAGUUUUAAGAGACUAUUAAUAAAAUUGAGCGCCUUUGUUGAACCUGUAAGCACGCCAAUCCGAUAGAUUAAAAAAAUAAGUGUACUUCUUUCAGAAGUAUUUUAUAAUCAGAUCACUAAUAUUCUGAUUUGUAAUCUUUCUAUGGCAUCAAACUCUUCAGAAACUUUUGUUUGAUACAAGUAUAUACAUCUGUAUGUAUGGUAUAAUUAAUUGAUGCUAAUUAAUAUUAUAUUUUAAUAUCAUAUAAUGAUAUUUCAUUAAUCAUAACAAUAUGUCAAGAAACACAUUAAUAAGCAUACAUAGUGCAAUAACUCUAGAUUCGUUUUCAACAUAAUAUGUGAAUUCGAUUCUUUCUUAAUAGUCUAUUGCAACAUUAUAACAAUUCAGUAUCUUUCAUUGGUUUUAAUAAUAUGUAUAUAAAAUUCUGAAUAGAGAAAAAAGAGUCAAAGAAGAAGAAUAUAUGUGUGUAUAUGUGUGAUAUGUGUGUGAAAUGCCAGUAUGUGUGUUCAUUAAUGAGUUAUCUAAACUUUCAUUGAAAACUAUUUUCUUAUCAAAAUCAUAUAUAAAAGUAAUCGAAUAUAAUUUUAAAGCACAUCUUUUUU